AUGCCCUAUCUCACAAAAGAGGAGCUCGAAAGUAUCUUUGCUGAUCAACCGCUUGCAAAUGGUGGCCCUUUUUGGUCCCGCGUGUCAGAGGAUGUCGAAUGGACUAUUAUGGGCAGCGGCCCUGGAACCGGACGUUACACCAGCCUUACCGAGCUUUGGGGCAACACAAUUGGAAAGUUGAUCAAAGCCCUCAGAGACCCACCCCAACUCAAUAUGGUGCAUGUUUUCUUUGGAGGUGAGAAUUAUGAGUGGACAUCAAUGGAAUUGGAAGCUCGUGGUACUCGAAAAUCCGGCAAGGAGUAUUACAACCGUUAUGCUUUGGUGAUUAAGUGGAAUGAAGAUGGCAAAGUGAUCAUGGUCCGAGACUACCUUGACACCGCCCUCAUCGAAGAGGUUUGGAGAGAAGCUGAGGAAUUGGGCCUGUUUUAA